AUGUCCACCGCCUACAUAUCGGAAGUACUUCCCAUCCCAGGCAUCCGGGGCCCAUCGGUCGACAUUGGAGCAUUGGUAGAAGAAGGUAAGGAAGUGACGAGCCACUGCGAACCCGAUUUGGCACAUCGACGGGUUUCAUGGAAACCAGAGGGCCACAACACAUGGCACUGGCUUGGUAACAAGAUCAACUAUAUUGAAAUGGGUGACCCUUCCAAGCCAGCCUUGUUGCUCAUCCAUGGAUUUGGAGUGAGCUCUUUCCACUUUCGCCAUAACUUGCCCGAGUUGUCCAAAAACUAUCAUGUUUACGCAUUCGACAUGCUCGGAUUUGGAUGCAGCAGCAUGCCAGUCCAGGACUAUGAACCGGAAGUAUGGCGAGACCAGACGAUUGCCUUUGUCCAAGAAGUGAUUGGAAGACCAACCGCUAUCGCUGGCAACAGCUUAGGUGGUUUGGCGGCGCUCUAUGCCGCGGCAUCGCAGAAGCUGCAGCAUCUCGUGACGGGAUGCAUUCUGAUGAAUGCGGCUCUUCGAUUCAAGAGCACAGAACCAAAGCAUGCUUUCGUGUCCACCAAGUGCGAGGAGGAUCAAGCAAAUCCCAAACUCAUCACGAAGAUGUGGGGAUCCUUCCAGCGACUCGUGCUGGGAGCUUCCUUUGAGUUCACCAAGCAGCCAGAACGCAUCGAGAAAGUCCUUCGCCACGUCUACGCAGUGAACACAGCAAAUGUUGAUGGAGAACUGAUUGAAUCCAUCAAGCAUUCCUCGUUGCAUGAAAAUGCAGCAGAAGUGUACUACCGAGUGCUAUCAAAGAACGGAGCGGGUACAAAGAUCUUUGCAGACGACUUGUUGGCUCAACUCAAGUGCCCUCUGAUGCUUUGCUGGGGAACGAAAGAUCCCUGGUUCAAGACUGACGCCUGCGAAAAGAUUCAAGCGCUGUACAAGCAGACUCUGCGAGUGGACGUGUCCGCAGGCCAUUGCCCACAUGAUGAAAAUCCAGACGAUGUGAAUUCUGCCAUCCAUUCCUUCAUGUCAGCAUCUUGCUAG